AUGGCGGAAGUAGUAACAGCUGUAAUUCGCCGCGGAGGCGCCGGCGGGAGCAACCGCGUCACGGACGGCGAUCUCGAGAGUUUCCUCUUCGGCGAGGAUGGUGACACGUCAGAGAUCGGCAAUCGCAGCCGUCGAUCCAGCCUCAGCUUCGAGCCGCUCUCGGCGCACGAAGAAGACGAUGGCGCUCCCGGCGGAGCCCGUGCCUACAUUCUCGGCGGAGGACAGGGGGGGGGACAGGGCGGGGGACACGGCGGGGGACAGGGUGGUGGCCAUGGCGGGGGACAUGGCGGGGGACACGGCGACAGAAGGCGGAUGAGCGUGGAGGAAAAAAACGCGUUGUGGCGGGGAACCGUUCGCGCGCGUGUGUCGUUCAAGCGCGGAGGGGGAGGGUCGCGGGGGGAGCCGGAGGUGCAGGAGCCGCUGGUGCCGCGGAGCGGGGAGCUGGUUCCGCGGAGUGGGGAGCUGGUUCCGCGGAGUCGAGAGCUGAUGGCUCGGCCGCGGCCGCAAACGCCGCCGUUAGGCACGGAGAGGGGGACAGAGCGGAGCGGCGUGUCAGGGUACGAGACGACUCAUAGGAGCAGCAUUUCUGUCGCGGAUAGGGCUGCGGCGAAGGUUCUGUCGGUGUCUGCUGCUGCGGCGAUCUGGGGGGGGAGUCAGAAGGAGGGCAGCACUGUGGGCACGGGAAGAAAAGUGGGACCCGACACGGAUAAUAUGUCUACAAGGUCUGGCCAUGCCUCGGCCGCAACCGUCCUCAAAGGCACACCCCCUCCCACGGACUACGAUCCGUCACAGGAGGUGCCGAUGGGCAAGCACACACACAUCCUCCUUCCAGACGGCACCUUCAAGGUCCCCACCGCGGAUGACCAUGACGCCACCACCGCCACGGGUCAGCACACCACCACAGGAAGGAGCAGUGGUGGCGGGGGAGGGAGCAACCGGCCGGUGAGGCAGCCUGCUGUUCAUUGGGAGGACUGGGCGAGCGAUGAGGAGGAGGACGAGGAGCAGAUCGAUGCUGUGAUGCUGGAAGACAUCUACUUCAAAGUCAAAGCAGCGGAUAAGCGAUUAGACGACUACAAGAAUCUGGUGUCGUUCCUCUGUUUCAUCGUGCUGUAUAUGGUGGUGCUGUACAUGCAAGCAGACUCCACGGACGGGUUUGAGGUGUCCACCGCGCACAACAUACUGCUCCCUUCGGGGGCAUCGGGCAGUGAGCUCAACGCCAUGAGUGGACCGGACGAGAUGUACCAGUGGGUUAACGACAGCAUCAUACAGGUGCGUGGUGAUACUCGUGAGAGUAAUGCAGUUGAGAAAUAG